GGUCGGGGGCGUGUCCACAUGGCCCAGCCUCUGACGUUCGCUGCGCUUGUCACUACGGCGGACUCCUCGACUCCAGCAGUGGCUUUGUGACAUUUGAGGAGGCUGUUCGCUCGAGGGCCGCCACUGUCGCGCUUUCGGUGGUUUAUUUAACAGGCCGACUUUACGGCAGCUUAGGAUGUCACACAAGCGGCCUGCUCGCCGAAUCCAAGGAGUGGAAAAGAACAUCUGGUUGGAGUUCACUAAGAUGGCCGCCGACUAUAAGCCGGUCAAUCUCGGACAAGGCUUCCCCAACUUCUCUCCCCCGGACUUCGUCAGGCAGGCCUUCAGUGACGUCGUCUCAGGAGAAGACUGUCUGAUGCACCAGUACACCCGGGCUUUUGGCCAUCCCAACUUGGUGAAGAUCCUAGCCAAGCUGUAUGGGCAGCUCCUUGGUCAGAGCAUUGACCCGUUUGGUGACAUCCUGGUGACCGUGGGUGCCACUCAGGCUCUCUUCACGGCCUUUCAGGCGCUGGUGGAUGAAGGAGAUGAGGUCAUCAUCAUUGAACCCUUCUUUGACUGCUAUGAGCCGAUGGUGAAGAUGGCGGGGGGAAGUUGUGUGUUUGUGCCCCUAAGACCAAAGGGUACGCCAGACAAGCCGGCGCUGUCCAGUGGGGACUGGGCACUGGACCCUGAUGAAUUGGCCAGCAAGUUCACGGAGCGCACCAAAGCCAUCGUCCUCAAUACCCCCAACAAUCCUUUAGGGAAGGUGUUUAAGCGUGAGGAGCUGCAGGUGAUCGCCGAGCUGUGCUUGAAACACGACGUGGUGUGCAUCAGCGACGAGGUGUACGAGUGGAUCGUGUUUGACGACAACGCGCACGUCAAGAUAGCUAGCUUCCCUGGCAUGUGGGCACAGACGGUUACCAUUGGAAGUGCUGGCAAGACCUUCAGUGCCACAGGAUGGAAGGAAGCGGUGGCCCGAGGAUUUCAGAGGGAGUUGGACGUCUUGGGAAGACCAGAGAGCUACUUCUUUCAGUUACCACGGCAACUUCAGGAGAAACGCAACCGCUUGGCGGAGUGCCUGCUGUCGGUGGGCAUGCGGCCCAUCAUCCCUGAGGGGGGCUACUUCUUGAAUGCUGAUAUCUCCGCUCUCAAUGUAGAACUUCCCGACCCCGCUGAUGAUGAGGAGGAGCCCUACGACUAUCGCUUUGCCAAGUGGCUAAUAAAGACGAAGGGCCUGGCCACCAUUCCUGUGUCGGCUUUCUACAGCCCCGGGCACAGGAAGGACUUUGCCAGCUACGUCCGCCUCUGCUAUGUGAAGGAGGACUCGACUCUCGAAGCUGCUGAGAAGAUCUUGAAGGAGUGGCACCUGACAAAGUGAGCCACGUGUGUGAGUGCCAACAUCGGCAUGAUGCCAGGUCCGAUGUGCGCCCCACUUGGACCUCCUGUGUCAGGACUCUUUAAGGUAGUGGUGUAGGAUGAACUAACGCUGCCGUGAUGAUGAUGAUGAUGAUGAUGAUGAUGAAGAACACUUGCCAACCACUCUAAUCUGGUCACUCGUGGCACUGUGUCUUGCUCAUGUCUGAUUUAAUGGGUGAAUGGCAGCGGUGUCACAUUGUUUCUGUAAAGUGUGCCCUGCAGCCUUGUCACCCGACACUCCAAAGGGCCAUCGGUGCCAGCGAGUGACACUGUGCUUGAUUUAUUAAUUUGUGCCGAAUUGUCAAAUCACUAAUGAUGGAGAGACGUGACGGGCCUUUUAGACAAAGUGCCUCCCCGACUGAGCCGCCAGGUCCUGGACCCCCAAAGUUGAACCCGGGCUGAUGUGGCACCGGGUAGGAAUCUAGAAUGUCGCAGGCACAAGUUGUGGCGUUCAAAUCCCAGCUCAGCUCCUGCCAUCGUCAUCGUCCACUUUCUCCGGGCAGAGACUCCUGCAUUAGGCCUAGCGGUGCCAGGCUAGGUGCCAGGGCCCUUAAAUUGGACUAAGCUGCUGUGGCCCGCCAGCGCCAUCUGCCUGUCUCACUCCGUGUGUGUGUGGAGUCAGGACAGUCGGACUCCUCAGUGACAUCAUCAGCCCGCGACGUCCGGGUGACGCCCCCUAGCAACACAUCUUGGUGACCAACUUUACAAAAUGGCGGCGGCCACGGCGUUGUGAUGAAAUUCAGACCCCCCACUCUGACGAUGCUGCAGGUCACAGGACCCUGGAGAUUCUUCUGCCCGGGUGCCACACACGUGACUGGCUUUCGAUGGCCGUGUCCUCAAAGGGGCCAAGUUGAGUUUGUCUGCCUGUCUGCCCGUUCGUCUCUCUGGGUUUGCGUGAUUGCAUGAGAUAAGCGAGGGUCUCCAUGAUCAGGGGCUUGAAAUUCAGUGGCAAUAAACUGCAAUAAAUGAAAAGAAGAGCUGC